AUGAAGAAUUUUUCAUUUCCUAUGCAGGAUAACACACAUCAGACUGAGAGUCCUUCUCACAAAUUCCUGAGUUUGACAAAUCGGUCAGAUCCUGUUGGAAGACCAGAAAGAGAUGAGCAAUUAGCUCAAGUAGAGAUUGCUGUUCUGGGGGUCAUAUUUCUGACAGCAUCUGUGGGCAAUUUUAUUCUUAUACUGGUGCUGUGGCGAAGAAGAAAGAAGCUCUCUAGGAUGUAUGUGUUCAUGCUUCACCUCAGCAUCGCUGACUUAGUGGUAGCCUUUUUUCAAGUGCUGCCUCAACUCAUAUGGGAUAUUACAGAUGUUUUCAUAGGGCCAGAUUUCUUGUGCAGAAUUAUCAAGUAUCUACAGUUGCUGGGCAUGUUUGCCUCUACUUAUAUGAUAGUGGUUAUGACUGUGGACAGAUAUCAAGCAGUUUGCUACCCUAUGGUCACUUUCCAAAAGAAGAGAGCUCUCUGGAACAUCCCCAUCUGCACCAGCUGGUCUGUAUCACUGAUUCUUAGCCUACCACAGGUAUUUAUAUUUUCUAAGACUGAAAUAUCUCCAGGUAUCUUUGAAUGCUGGGGUGAAUUUAUUCAGCCAUGGGGCCCAAGGGCAUAUGUGACUUGGAUUUUUGUAGUGAUAUUCUUCAUUCCCUCAGCCAUCCUAAUCACAUGCCAGGUUAAGAUUUGCAAGAUAAUCAAAAGAAAUAUGUAUGUGAAAAAACAGAAUGACUAUGAAGUAACAAAUCAGAAGCAAGUCCUGCCAUCCCGAGCAAGCAGUGUGAACUGUAUUUCAAAGGCUAUGAUCAAGACUGUAAAAAUGACAGUGGUGACAGUUGUUGCAUAUGUUCUCUGUUGGUCACCUUUCUUCAUUGCACAGCUGUGGUCUGUGUGGUUCCCCAGUGUCGUGACUGAAGGUUCAGCAUUCACCAUUAUCAUGCUCCUUGGCAAUUUAAAUAGUUGCACCAACCCGUGGAUCUACAUGUAUUUUUGUGGCCACAUUCCAUAUUGCACAAAUAAGCAGCUAGAGAACACCUCAGCUCAAGAGGAAUCAGUGAUCACAGGGAGCAUUCAUCUCAUAGACAGAGACCCUGAGGAGAACAGUACUUCUGCAUAA